UCUGCCGUGUUCGAACUUCGACAUUGUUCGACUUCGACAUGGUUUGUCGUCUGUGAAUUGUAAUUUUUGUUUUCAGAAAUUCUGAACUGAAAUCGGAAUUUUGAUUGGAUGCCUGCACUGCAAGUUGCAACUGCAAGUGCUAAAGUGCAAAGCCAGGUGUAAAUGUAUUUUUGGUUAAAAGAUUUUAAUAUUUCAGUCGGUGCCUAUUUGUAGUUUGACACGAGUACGGCUGACUCCGGCGAAGCAAUUUUUUAGUUGUAUUUAUCUACUUCGCAUUAUUCAGUGUAAAAUGGACGUCCUCACGAGGCCUGCCGAAGAGUUUGGUAAUGAUGAGACACUGGAACACCUUUGGGCCGCCAGGGCUAUGGAACAUAGCGACAUUUACUUUAACGUGCUAUGUUCAGUGGACACAAGGUGGCUGAGACUGACCCCUCAUGAUGACCUCAUAUACAAUCACUUCAGACAAGAUUUCCCCGAUCUAGAUGUGUCUUUCAUCAAAGAGGGUGAAAUCAAGAACAACACCAACAAAGCCAAGUGGCGUGUAUUCUGUGAAAAGUUCAAAAACAUUGUCGAGGAAUACAGUUUUGGUACAUUAAUGCGAGCGGACACAAAGGGUGACUAUUCAGAGCAAAACACAAUACUGGUGCCGCGCGUGCAGUUUUAUGCGAUAGAAAUAGCUAGGAAUAGAGAAGGCUUGAACAAUGAGGUCAAAAAAAAUUUCAAAUGUGCAUCCAAGGCACACAUGGAAGCUCAGAAUAAUGCAGCAGAAAUUGCUGUCUAAAAUUACUCUUCAAUGUAAUUUUAAGUCUUGUUUAAUAGCCUUUACUUAGCCAUAAUUUUCUAGUUUCUUAUAUGACCUAAGAACCUACCAUAUACAUGGGAUGCAAGCUGGCUAUAUGAAGAAUCUUUAAAACAUUCAGUUGUCAUAAUUAUAUAUUUUUAUCAUUAAAAUAAUGGUUACGAUUGAUUAAAAAGUUAAACUUGUAUUGUCUCUAUAAUAAUAUGCUCCUAACCAAUUUUUUUUCUGCUACAGCGGCCAAUGUUGAGAUUAUACAUGUACAAGAGAUAAUAUAGUGAACAAGUGUGUGAACCCUGGACCUCAUUGUCCGUACUGAACUAGCUAUCCACAGGACCAAUGAGGCAGUUGAAAUAUAGAUUAUUGUAUACAAAUAACAUAGAAAGUUUUUAAUAAAAUUUCCAAAAUGGGUUCAGUAGAGAUCCAAAGAUUACCACCCUACAACCUCAACCAACACAUAUAUACUUUUUGCAUAAAGUAUUCACGUCCAUGAUAAAUCCAUGUCCAUUUCAAUAAAAUCUAAUUUAUAUAUUCAGAGGCACGAUUAUCCGCCCACUAUAAUAUGAUGCGAGUAUAUUAAAGUGGGCGGAUAAUUGUGCCUCUGAGUAUAUAUAUAUGAAAAUUCAGUGUAUAUUUUUCGAUAAGGAUAAUGUUCUAUUGUGAUGUUAUUUUCUUAAAAUAGUGGAUCGAUUUUAGUUUAUAUACAACUCUAUCAUUAUACUUGAUAUUAUAAUCAUUUGCUUUGCUAAGUAAUGUAUAUUAAAUAUUAAUCUAAGCGUUAGUAUAAGGCCUCACUGCACUCUGUCAAAAUUGUUUUGAUUGUCAUUUAUUAUGCUCCAAAACUUCUGACACCUUGCAAAUGUCAUUUAAAAAUUAACUUUCCAACUCUUAAAUCUAUGCUUUUAUUAGUGUUUUCAGGUCCACUGUGUCUAACAGGUUGUUCUAAUCAUAAAAUAGGGGUAGCUAUAAAAACGUAGCCUGCUAAAAGCUAAUUUUCUAUCUCAGUGUAUAAGAUUACUAUGUCCUCUGUCAAUAGUUCAAUGUUUAUAGUAACACGCUGUGAUUGUGAAAAAGGCUGGGAUUGACUUACAGAAUUUGGAUAAUAGUUCUUAUUUAGUUGCUUUCAAAACCUACUUUUAUGUAAAUCUUACAGUUAUGUUAACUUAUAAGAUUUUAAAUAAACUCCAGUGAGUUUUAAAGUUUUACCUAAUUCAUGAUUUGAAUUGAGUGGCAGCUUUUAAUUUUUUUGUUGUCACUAAGUAACUUGGGUGCUAAUUUGGCUUUAUACAAAUCUCCAACAAACUAUAAGAUUGAGCUUUCACAAUGUUUAUUGGGGAGUGAAAAGUGUUAACCUGACCAAAAAUAUCUCAGGCACAAAAAUUACGCCUUCAGACAAAGCUUUUUAUAUUUCAUAGACCUAAGAUGCACACCAUGAGAUAUAUCGGUCGACAAAUAGCGAAGAAUAACGCCCUCUCUUUCGUCCUAUACCAUAACAACGAAAGAUAUUUUUAAAAAAGGAGAUGGUUCUCAAUUUGAUUGGUAUGGUUUUUUUUAUGGGCUACUAUUGUUUUAUGGUUGGCUAUAUUAUGUCAUUACUCAUUUUCUCUUCAAGAUUAUGUUGUUAUCGCAUGCUUCUCGUAGGAUCAGAAACUUUAAGACAAAACAUAAAUUUUUACCAUGAUAACAAAAAUUAAAAUGUUUACAUAAAAAUUAUCAAAUAAAGGUGUUAUGCAAUAAUUUUUUCUAUUAUGUAAUGGAGCAUGUUCACAUGUAUGUUUAUAAAAAACAUUACCCUCCUGACGCAGUCAGGUAAAAAUAGCCAUUUAUUUUAAUGAAAGAUCUAAUUUCAAAUAAUUAGGGGACUAAGUAAUUGAAAUUAGAGACUGGGAACCCAUGAUUUGAUGAUGUAACCCAUUUAAAUAUAUGUUUUACUUUGUCAAAACUUUCAAUUUCAGUCAUGUUAACCUGCCAUUAUACAUUAGUAUUACUAUAAAUUAUAACAUGCCUAAUAUUAUAGUGUAAAAAACAUUUACAUACAAGAUAAUGAGGUCCUUGAUAUGGAUCAGCAUUUUAGAAUUAUUGUAAUAAAAUGAAUGCCUAAGCAUUUUAGAAAAAUGGAAUGAGGUGCUCAAUUACUCAUACAUUUUUGAUAAUAAAUUUUUUGAUCAAAA